AUGAUUCACUUACCAGUCAAAGAUACAGCAUCGUGUAAUACAGUUGCAACAGGUUCUAAUAUGAGUAACGGUAAUAAUCUUCGUAUUAUAGUCACGAUUAGCAAGUGUCCAAAAACAGACUGCAGAACUUAUCAUUGUAUUACACAAUGUACACCUGAUAUAAAGAAUGCCAUAAAAUCUAAAUUUGGAUCGACUAGAAUUUCAUUCACUAUUAAAACAAAUUUAGGAUCACGUACAGCCUCAUGUCAGUUUUGCACGUUUGGUCAAGUCGUUUCAGUUUCGACUACGUCACCAACGACACUACCAAAUAUACCAACUACAACUAUAACAAGUAUAACAUCGACAACAACAUCAACAACAACAUCAUCAACAACAACAACAAGAACUACAACAUCAUUAACAACAACAAGAACUACGACAACAACAAGAACUACAACAACAACAACAACCACAACUACAACAACAACUACAACUACAACCACAACCACAACAACAACAACAACAACAACAACAACAACAACAACAACCACCACAACUACAACUACAACUACAACAACCACAACAACAACUGUUACAACAGCUAUAAUAUUACCAGAUUGCAGUACUGAUAUUUGUUGUUCUAAAACGUGCACUGCUUGUAUUUCUGAUAGUACUCGUGGCUUUUGUAGUACUCCUAAUAAUGGUGAAAAUUUUAAUUUCUAUUCUGCUGAUUCUUCUAAUUGUGAUGCACAAGAAACAGUAAGUCACGGCUCUGUUUCUGGAACACGAUACAGCAAUGUGCCUUAUAAAUCAGGAAAUAAUCUUUCCAGCUAUGAAAAAGAACGUUGCAAACUUGAUAUUUAUAUUCCGAGAUCAAGUGGUACAGCACCAUUUCCAGUUAUCGUUUAUUUUUAUGGUGGAGGCUUGAAUUCAGGCGAUAAGAGCGAAGGAUGGGCAGACUGGAGUAAUAACUUUGGAUUUAAGUUCCUAGAAGCUGGUAUUUCUAUGGUCAUGGUCAAUUAUCGAUUGAGUGGACAGCAAGGGACAAAAUGGCCACUGUAUAUUCAAGAUGCCGCUGCAUCUGUUGCUUGGGUAGCCAAUAAUAUUGCUCAGUACGGUGGUGAUCUUAAUAAUAUUUUUGUCAUGGGUUUCUCUGCAGGCGCUUAUCUUACUCAUAUGUUAAGUAUUGAUUCAAAGUGGUAUACAGAAAUUAGCUUUGAUCGUAAUCGAAUAAAAGGAUAUAUAGCAAUCAGUGGUCAAACUCGGACGCACGGAACAGUUGCUGCAGAUCUUGGUAUUCAACAGAAUCAACUAAUGACCCUCCGUACUGAUGCAAUGCCAUUCGGUCAUGUUAAGAAAAUAGAAAAACCAAUUCAUAUUUUUGUUGGCGAGUAUGAAGGUCAGACUAUAACGGAUAACUAUGCAUACUAUAAUCAACUAAUAAGCAAGGGCAGUACAAACCUUUUUAUUUAUACUAAUCUUGGAAAAGAUCAUGGAGGUAUGCGAGAUGGUUUGGGUGAUGCUAGCAGUCCAACACGUUCGAAAAUCUUGGAAUUCAUUCGAACCGGUGCAAGUACUGUAAAUGUAGCACCUAACAUUGCCUAUCGUAAACCAGUUACUGCUUCAUCAACUGAAAAUACAGCAAAUACAGCAGACAAAGCAGUCGAUGCCGACGGAAAUACACGUUGGGCAAGUACUAGUAGUGAUACACAAUGGAUCUAUGUGGAUCUUGGCGCAAGAUACGCUGUGAACCGUGUGAGAAUUGCAUGGGAGGCCGCUUGUGCAAAGAACUAUUAUUUGGAAUCUUCUGACGAUGCAAGAUCAUGGGCAAAUAUAAGAACUGUGACCAAUAAUGUCGCUCUUAUCAAUGAUCAUACAGGUUUAAACAGAAAUGCACGUUAUAUUCGAAUUUACGCUACGCAACGAGCAACUACUUAUGGAUAUUCAAUUUUUGAAUUCGAAGUAUAUGGAAAUUGA